AUGCCUGUGGUACCACUUCCGAAUAUCAUCAAGAACACCACGCAGGCUGCAGCAGGAAUGAUUGGACACCUUGGGCCCCGUCAGACUUCUUCUAGGGGAUCUGGAGGAGUUGGAGGUGGUGCUGGCGGGGCUGGAGGACCCGGAGGAGCUGGAGCUGGAGGAGGGGGAAGUGGAGGCGGGGCUGGUGGGGGAGCUGGUGGUGGAGUGCCUUUGAAUGGAGCUCUAGCUUCUUCUCCGGUGAAUAUGGCUCCUCCAACUCAGCGUACCAACUCGCUCAGAAAUGAUAGAGAGGGUAGCAGGCGUGGUCAAGUUCCAGUAAUCUCUCAGCCACCGGCCGAGGAGAGAUAUGUCGUUUACAUACGCCUUCCAUUCGAAAGGAAUGGGUUCGUGGAUCCGCCACAGGUUGAUUGGAAUGAUGCAAAAGAGAGGUACUUGUGGAAGGUUCUUUCGAGAGCUGGUCGUAGCAUGGAUAUUGAUUGGAAUGAACUAGCAACAGACCUUCAAGUAUCUCGAGAAUUCCUACUUCAGCAGGCAGCAUGGCUUUAUGAACGGGAGCUCUCGCAGAUUCAAGCUCAAAUGAGAAGGGCAGGGACAUCUGCUCUGAAUACCAAUAUUGCCAAUAUUGCUAGUAGCUCCCCAUAUUCGCGACCGCAAUCUCCGGCUGUGAUGGGAGGAGCCCCGAUGGCUAGAACUGGUACAGCUGGUACAGAGCCCAGAACUCACUCAUCUCUUUCAGUGCGCUCUAUUCCGGUUGUUACUCCCCGACUCACACCUGCCCUUCCAGCAACUCCGACCAAUACGAAUAGACCUUCUGCACAGCCAAUGUCACGAACCGGCUCGUCUACGACUACUCGUGGCAGUGCACAGCCUCCGUCAAUUAGUCACCGGUUCUCAAAUCAUGUUCCUCCUGAUCCAUCACCCAGUCGUUCCCCAGAACACCCGUCAUCUGCAUCCGAAGAUUAUACGGAGUCUUCUACAGCAUCAGCAUCGUCUGAUGAUGAUGACGAUGGUGGAAACCGACUCUUUCGGAGGCUUCCGUCGUUUCUCAAUAAAAAGGGCUCCCGUGAGAGCUCUGAUGAGGAUGAUGGCGAUGAAGAACCGGCAUUUUUGCCAUUUUCACCUGGCGAAAAGCCCGCUGCAGGCACUGAUGACCAAAUGACAGGCACCGUGACACUAAGGCGACGAACCUCUGGGGCUGGUACAAUAAAGGGGAAGGAAUCCGUUAGGCCCAGCUCUCGAACUGGUGUUGACCCGUCGUCGGAGUUUCAGGGUACAGUUAGAGCUAGAAGGUCAAGAAUACAGCAGCCUCUAGCACCCAUGGGAAGUCCUAGACGAUUGCCGGUAGAUAGCACAGGUUUAUCCACUGGACCAAAUUCUCCUAGUAUGGGAAGCAGUUUUAGUGAUCUCUCUGACGCGAGCGUUACACAAUCGGCAAUGGAGGAAGCGUAUUUAAGCACUAUGCAAGCUGGCGGCAUGGCAAGCAGGAUGUCCAAUCUCAGUCAGGCGCAGGGAAACACGCCCCCGUUGCUGCCUCUGCAGGGUCUAGACAAGGCUUUCCCCGAUCCUGAUCCUGACAGUGCCCUGCAGCCGGAAAAGAAAGACGACCAGGAACCAGGCAGCCCAGAAAGUACCGGCUCAUUCUUCUCGUGUCACCAAGAGUUCGAGCCCGAAGGACCCAAGGGCCCAGAAGAACCUUUAUGA